AUGAAACCGUUUUUCCCGUUUUUCGCUGCUCUGUUAUCGAUCCACACAUCUUGGUCCUUCGUCCAGCAGCCGGCGUUUUCGACUCUCUCCAGAAAUGUGGCUUUUCAGACUCUGGCAGCAGUUGCUCUUGAGCCUGAACCGGAUGGUGGGGAAGAGCUGAAUCCAGAGAAAUCAAUGCCUGGAUCUCGAAUGAAGAAAAUGGCUCAAGUGGAGAAUGUCAAAAGUGACGACGGAGCCGUCUACAGCUUUUGGAUGACGGCGGAAGUGGAGGGGGCACUGAUAAAGGAAAUUCGGUCGCAGAUUCUUAAGGAUGCCGCAAAAAAGGCAAAUUUCCCUGGAUUUCGCAAAGGACAAGUACCCCCCUAUGCUCAGCCUCAAAUCACUGGAUUCUCGGUUCAAGAAGCUAUUAUUAAAACGGUGGAAGCUGCUGUGAAUUCUUUUGGCUUGAAAUCGAUUCCAGGAAGCGCCGGGGAGAUAAAUGUCAAUGAGGAUGUGGAGGCCAUUAGUAAGGGAUACAAAGUUGGUGACAACAUCAACUUCACCGCAAAAUUCAAUGCUGUUUUUGAUGCAGAGAAGCAAAAUUUAGACGACGAAACCAAGGAAGAGAAGGUGAUCGAUGUCAGGGUCGCUAGCGAAGAGUAGUAAGGGCACAGAACUCUCCGUUGCGGUAGUUCUGCGUAAUUGCUCAUUUGCUAGUCCCUAUUGCAGUCU